CAUAUUCUAAAGUAACUAUUACUUGAAGUGAAUUUGUGGCUACACUACUCACCUUUGACAAUAUAUCAUACACAUAUAGGUGUGUACAAUCAACAGGGGUGUUACUGAAUGCAAUUUAAAAAAAAAUGUUUCUAUCAAGCAAACUUCUUUCCAUUCAAUGGCCAGUGUGCCUUGCAGUGAAGUGAAAAUACUUACUUCAGUACUGAAGCUCAAUCGAGACUUGGCUCAACAGAAACAAUUUUUGAGUUACCACAGGAAAAUGAGUCAGUCAUAUUGUUGUGCAACAUUAUUAUGCAGAAGAGCGCAGAUCAUGUGACAGAAAAGGCGCCUCAGUUUUAUGUCAUAACUCAUCGAUUACAUGGAACUCAUGAGCAGAAAAUGUAGGAGGCACUUGAUCGUUCUCUCUUCUAUCAAUACGACUUACUGUGUACUAGGACCAUCACUGAAAAAAGUAUGACAGGAUUGUGCAUACCACCUAAAAGAAGAUAACAUUUAAAACAUGCGAUACUAUUCACUCAAUAACAUGAAUGUGCAUAUAUUACCCUGGCAGCUGCAUUUCAUGGGGCUACACUCGCUCCCACGGCAAAGAUGACAUCACAGGGGAACCACUGAUCCAGCACGAUGAUGACAAACCAGAAGCUUUGAUGGCAAGAUUGAGACAUUACAAAGAUGUGGCUAAACCCGUCAUCGAUUUAUACAAGUCACAAGGAAUCCUCCACUCAUUUUCUGGUACCGAAACGGAUCGGAUUUGGCCUUACAUCAACUCCCUCCUCAGCACAAAGAUGCACGCACAGCCGUUGGAUAACCAUCAAAGCCAGGCGCCCUGACUUUGAGAAGACUGAGAGAAGAUUUCAAAAAUCAUCAGUAAGAAAGUAGAACAUGUGGAUUGAUCUUCUUCAAUGCUGGAAUGUUUGUCUUUCGGGUUCCUCACUGACAGCGGAGUUGAGAAAUGGCAGGACCAAAUCUGUUUUCACCCAAAUUUCAUAUGAGGGUUUUGCAGAUGAUGAUUUUUUUAUUUUUUUUUUUUUAAUUUGAGGUGUGCAUGUGGAUCUUUGCAGUACUUUACUGAAACGGUAUUUAGUGAAUAGCUAACUUGAUCAAUAGAAGCUAUUCUAUACAAACAGAUAUUAACUUGCAACAUCGACAAUCACAUAACACGCAAUCUAAACUGGAGCUGCAUGGGAGAAAAUAGCGAACAAGCAGGUUAGAAGACAGAAAAA